CUUUUCGGUGGUUGCAAAGUGCCAAUUAUUAUUACCAGUUUUAAUAGCUAUAGUGUUUCCAGUAUUCCAACACCGAUAUCCUGUUCGUUUUACAAAAAUUUAAACUGUUGCCAUUGCAAAGCCUCGACAAGAGCCUCACAUCACACCCCCAACUCCGUUGAAGCAACAGCGCAUUUCGAAAAUUUUUGGUUGUAAUCAACAGCUGUUGGUUGUUUAUUUUGCUCAAAUUCCAUUGCCUCCGUAUUCGUAAUACCAAAACAGAAGGAAUUAAGGCGUUUCCCAUUGCGCAUGCCCCAAGUUUUUUACAUUUCACUCUGCAGUCCCGAAUCACUAAUGACACCCUUACCGGAGGGUAGUAACCAGCAAUAGUCAAAUCGAAAACAUAAAGCAUAGAAACAGAAUCUGAAAGCGAAGCGAAGAGCAAAGCAACAAAAAAUGUGGUCAGUGAAAAAUUUGUGUGCAAAAUUGAAAAAUAAAUGCAGCUAAUUAAAUCGAGCAAUCAGAGCGAAAUUCGGCGCCAGAGGUAUUCGUAGCAAUAACUACUAUAACUACAACAAUAACAGCGGAUAUCAAAACAAUCACGAGCAAAGUAGCUUUCACAAUCGCAGACGUGGGAAUUUAUUGUGGAAAAUGAGCGGUAGCAGCGGCGGAGGUUACGCAGGCAGCGGUGCCAAUGGGCGUCUGGCGGCAGCACAAUCACUGCAAAAUGAGCACGCCGAAGCGCUACUGGUGCAGCUAAAUGAGUUCCGUAAAAGAGAACAGUAUACGGACGUUUGUCUGAUUUGUGGCGAUGUUCGCAUUGUGGCCCAUCGGAAUAUACUCGCCGCAGCGAGCCCUUACUUUCAGGCUAUGUUUGGUGGCAAUUUUCCGGAGAGUUCGCAGAGCGAGGUUCACAUUCAUGAAAUGGAUCCGCAUUGCUUGGAGUUAGCCGUUGAUUUCAUCUACACCGGACACCUGGACAAUUAUGUGGAUUGUGUGCAACAGUUGUUGGAGACUGCGGCAUUUCUACAGUUGGAACAUUUGCUGGAUUUGUGUACGGAAUAUAUGUGCGUGCAGUUGGAUGCUGAGAAUUGUCUGGGUUUUAAACAUUUCGCAGAGAAGCAAAAUAACUUCACGCUGCUGGACUCCGCUUGUCAAUACAUUAUAACUCAUUUCAAAGAGGUGGUGAAGAAUGAGGAGUUUCUGGAGAUGAGUUAUUCAGAGCUCAGCAAUAUUUUGGCCAACGAUGCUCUUUACGUGCACUCAGACGACGCUGUGCUCUGUGGUCUGACGCGUUGGGCCGAGCAUCGACCUGCAGAGCGCACAGCCAGUUUGGCACCGCUCUUACGCUAUAUACACCCAGCCUGCGUCUCAGCCGAAGUGACACGUUCACUGCCCAUACUUAAACAGUGUGCGGAGAGCCAAAAUUGGUUACGUGAUGUCUUGCACAGCGCGGACAGCAUGGAAUGGCAAAUCUUCGUACUGGACAAAAUGGGUCGCAAGCCGGAGUUGCAACGUUUCAAUUUGACAUUCGAGGAGGCCACGCAGCUGCAACCGUUGCCCCGCCCGGCCUUUGCUGUUAGCUUAACGGCACACAAGAACAUACUAUACGCUCAAGGAGGCAGCGUGGGUCGGAGCACACGCGAGUGUUUCUAUUAUAACAUCUAUCGCGAUCAGUGGCAUGAUUUGCAUCCCCUGUUGAUGGAGCGUUCUCAUCAUCGUUCGGUAAUUUUGAAUGGUUGUUUGUAUGCGCUCGGCGGGAAUACGUUACAAGGGGCCACUUGUACCGUGGAGUGUUUGAAUUUGGUGACGAAUAAGGCUACUUUUCGUGAGAAUAUGUUGGCAAAGCGUAAUGCAAUGGGCGCUGUAGUGUGCGACAACACACUCUACGUGAUGGGCGGCGAGACGGAUCAUCAUUCACUGUACUCGGUGGAGCGCUAUGAUCCGCGUGUCGGGCAAUGGCAGGAGAUGCCCGCUAUGCGUGAGGUGAACAGUUAUUGCUCAAGUGCCACCUUUGGGUCGUACAUCUACUGUUGCGAGGGUCUCGGUAGUUGCAUGGAACGAUUCGAUUUGCGCGCCAAUCGCUGGGAUGUCAUCAAUUUCUGGGAGGAGCGCGAGUUUUAUGAAAUUUUCGCCGUUGACAAUAAGUUGUACAGUGUUUCCGGAGAGGCGAUUGAUCGCUACGAUGAAAUGGAGAAUAAAUGGUUGAACGCGUUUAAAUUUGCCGAGUCGCGUGAGUGGGACACGGCUAUCGGUUUGCAAAUGGUAAACUAAGAGAGAUGUGCGUGUAAUGAAAGAGCACAUUUUAAGUUAACAAGGUUUUGCAAAUUGUACCGUAAAUUGAGUUUGAAAAUCUCAAGACAAUAAGAGAUUAAAAGAUUGGGUGAUACGUCGGGUGGUAAAAUUUACAAAAUUUUAGAAAUCGACAAAAAAGUGAAAUUAUUUGCUAAGCUGGAGAAAAAACAUCACUGUUAGACAAUACUUUUAAGUCUUCCCUGUUAUGUCAAGAAGAAAUUGUUUUUGGUUUAAUUCACUCAUAUUUUAAAGCUUCAGUAGCAAAUUGGGCAUCACAUGAAAGAGAAAAAUCUGAAGAAAGAGCGAUUAAAAGAUAUGCCUCUUUUCCAGUGCUCUUUGUAGCAUCCACAAACUAAAAUAAAAUCCAAUUUCUUUGCAUGUACCGUACUUCUUUUCUGAGCGUGCACUAGUCAACCUCUCGACCCUUGAACCCAUCUGUGUACUGCUGCUAAGGAAACCCUGUUUCCUUGUAGAGAGAAUAUUUACGGCCGAAGAGGGAGUUAAGAGAGCCACACUUGCAGACAAAAAAAGGAAGGCUAAAUAUACUUUUACAAAAAGCUUGCAAAUUUUAUGGGUAUAGGUCAAAGCGUAAAUCUGUUUCACGACGAGGAUAUUGAAUAUAAGAUGGAACGCUUUCAUUAUGUCUUAGCCCUUAAAUACAAGCCUUGAGUCGAAGGAUAGAAUACUCCAUCUCUUUGUUGAGCUAAAAAACGGUCUCGAUAGCAAGAAAGGAAGCUGCGUGCCUUAGUAAUCUUUCAAUUAAUUUCAUUACCUCCAGAGUUGACUAGCAAAAGAAGCGAAUGAACGAGGCAGUGAACAAUAAUAUUAUUUUUUUCUAGUUGACAAACACUGGGAUCUCUCAACCAAAUAAAACCAGACUUUGAAGGCUACUCAUCAUUCGCUUCCUGCUCUGCGGUGCAGAAGUGUGGACAUUAACAUAAUUGCGGAAUUUCAUGUUAAUUUUUUGCAUUGGCAAUGUCAAAUAUCACACACGAUAAGGUAUAAGCUGCUCGAGAUAUACGGUGGCAUUGACACAGUUCAAAGAGGCAGAGGAAGACUUCUUGCAAAUUGGAAAGAUCGUCUUCAUUUGGUACAUCGAGUAGGUGACAAACUGCUCAUGGAAUUUUAGACGGAAGCUGGAAGUAUCUAGCUAUGGUAGCAGCCACAGGACGAAUCCAAUUUUAAGAAGGACAAAGUCGAAAGAAAUGUAUUUUUUUGUUUCAGGGAGACUUUUGACUUUUCAUUUAAUACCCAAAAGGUGCUUACAUGUAAUAGAUAAUUUUUAAUAUUUGAAUUUUUUCUUUAAUAUACAUACAUACGUAGAAUUAGAAAAAUAGUAUGCUGCAGAGAAAUCAACAACACAGUUAUUGAUUUCGACUGCAAUCAUUGUGGAAUACUCUUUCAAGUAGUCCCUUUUUAGAGAGAUGUUAUUUGGUAAUUAUUACAGAGAUUGGUAAAAGUGUGUCGCUUCUGAACGAAAUUAAGGAAGAAAGAAAUUCGAAUAUUGUAUUCUUUUAACCAUUUUUUCAAUGGAAAACUCUUUUUUAACACAAGAAAACGUACGGAAUUAAUUUUUCUCGUAAUAUAUUGCUUCCAGAGUAUAAAGAAAAGGUGUCUUAGUUUCAGUUAUGUAUAUAUGAGACAUUAGUGAUAUGAAAAUAUUUUUGAAAAAUUUUGUGAAAAGUUUAAAUUUGUUAAAAUCGAUUUAAGCGAUUAUUUUGACUUGAGUUUACUAGGAGAAUUUAAGAAUUUUCAUUACAUUGUUUUUCUGUAAAUUUUAAUUUCUUGUUUGCUAAUAUUUUUGACAAUUACGUACAUAUACGUAUCUAUCUAUAGGCAUUUUUCAAGUAUUAUCAACAUUAUUUUAUAUUUUUAAGUAUUUUCCCAAAAUUGCCAACAUGGCGGAUGAGUGACUUUUAUGAUCGCAGUACUUAUAUGCAUGCAUAACAUAUACAUAUGCAUGUAUGUGUAUGCAUGAGAAAAGAGUAGUUUAAAAUACGAAAAUGUAUCCUGUGGCAUGUUUAUGAAUCUAAAUAAAAUAAAUUUUAAAGUUGACUAUUCA